UUGUGCAGGACGACUGCAGCAUGCCCUGUGGCCUGCUCGCUCUUGCUCCUCAACGUCGAUGACUAUGCUGCCCUCAGAUCAUAACCAGCGUAUAUCUGGCGCAGUUCGCGUCGCGCCCUAUCUCACACACGAAAUUCGCCACCACGGCCAGGUCACGCUUAUUCCGCCAGACAAUGCAGGCCGGGUUCGAAAGGAGAAGGAGAAAAAGGCAAAGUCGUCUUCGAACCCACGGCCGAGAUCUCAGCGUGCCGGACGAAGCAACGAGGAGCCUCGGUUCAACAUUGGGCCUCCUGUGCGGUCGACUAGGCGAGCACAGGCAGAUAGAGAUAGACCGUCGAGAGUGGCGAGGAGGGGUAGUGCUGAGGAAAGGCCGAACAAUGUAGCGCCCUUGGAAAGCGAUGUGGCCAUCCCAGACUAUCCGCCGCCUUCGUUCGCAGAGGCCAUGGCGUCUGCCGCGAGUACGAGCACCUCGAAUCUGUCUCUGCCACCUGCCUCCCCUUUGCCCAGCACUCCCACACACCCUUGUCCAUCUCCGACCUCCUCGCCUGUCCCACCUUCCAUUGCACCCCAGCCCAGCCAAUCAUCGGUCGACUCCGAUCGAAGUCAACCUCUCCCGGUCACCAUUCCUCCCGUCGUCUCUCGCAGUCAGCUUGAUCUUUCUCUUCCAGCAGCCACACCAAAUCAUCUUCGUUCUAGAAGCCAAAUCAACCUAUUGGGACCAUCCCAUCCGGAGCAGCCAGAUGUCCGUUUCAGCACAGAAGCGGAGUACGAUUCCGGGUCGGACGAAGCCUCAGAGCCAGACGUAGAUCUCGUCUCGAGAGAAGAUACAGGCCCCGAGGCCAAUGAGUGGGAGCGAGACAGAGUCAUGGGGUUCUCCCUCGAGGAGCGUGUCAGGCGAGAGAAACAACGACAGGUGGAAAGAGCAGGAACUGCGACCGCCACACCGGCCAUGUCCAUGCGGACCCUUGGUGCCUCUCGUUCUCAACUUACUCUCGCCCCCUCUGCUGCACGAAGUCCGAGCGGAGAUGAUUCUGCGGAGAAUAACGUCCCGGCGUCUACGCCGUCGAGUCCUGGCGCGUCUGCAGAGUCUUCGUCCUCUUUCGCUGUUACACAGGAGAGUGCCACAAGUGCCACACAUAGCGAAAGCCCUCUCAAGAAGAAACUACAUCUGUUCUCCGGAGGCGGUGCCAGUAGCUCGUUAAAACAUAGAAAUCCCUCGUCUUCGCCUUCAUCUCCCACCUUCUCAGCCUCCCAAAUUUCUCUUCCUCUACAACAAUUCUUAUCUCGUCCAGGUAGCCCCGGAAACAAGUCACCCACGGGCGAGAGCUUCAUAUCGCGCAAGCUCUUCGGACACAAAGGGAAGGAAAAGGAAAAAGAGAAGGCGCAGAGUACCGAAACGUCUGAGGCCCUCGAAUCAUGGGAAAUAUUGGACGAGCCGGAGCCGUCUCCGAUUCUCUCGACGCCAAUCUCACAAUAUCCGCCCGGGACAUCAUACGCAAACUACUCCGCCCCCGCCCCAUCAUCCACCUUGUCCUCAUCGGCUACACCAACCGCCCCGGCUCUCUCGUCAUCGUCAUUUUCCGCUCCGGCCUUCUACAAUCUCGGCCAAUCUUCUCACCCGGCUGGUCGUUCGACCGUUACGCUCGCCCCUGCACCGACGCCACGCACGGUCGCCAGUACUUCGAACCUUCACAAACGGCAUUCGAUGCUCGAUAGACCUGUACCUACACCUGCUCCUUCUUCGCCUACCACCCCAUCUUCGCGUCGACCGCCUCCCCCUCCACCACCGCCACGGAGGAAACCCCAGAUGGCUCCCCUCUCAUCAUCUCCCUGUAUUAAUACAGACACGUCCAACACCACCGCUACAUCGCCGUCGACAGCACCGACGACGGCGGUAUCGGUAUCGUCUAGUACAGACGAGCCCGCGACGCCCACUACGUCUACUGCGGCUACUACGCCCUCCACUUCCACGCCGACGAUGGAACAGCAACAGAAACAGAAACCUGGUCUGCCGUAUUCACCUUCGCCUUUUACGCGUUCGUUCAGGAAUUCGGUGCAGAAGCCCCCAGUGUCUUCUACGCAACAAGCUGCUGCUGCUACACUUCCAUCCCAAGGACAAGUACAGUCGAACCGGGAUGUUGGUAAAACAGAAUCACCAAGGAGCGUUCCGACUGCUGCUACUGCUAUGGAGAAGGACGCGAAACAGUUCCCGGGCGAUGUCAAGGUGCCCCCAGACCAACCCGCUCGGACUGCCACAUCUCCUCCUCCUACUCCUACUCCCGCAGACGCUCAUCCCCUUCAACCCUCUUUCUCCCCUCACCCCUCAAGGUCCCGGAGCCCAAGCCCAACAAGUCCCUACCCAUACACCCCAACAACCCCAAUCUCCCCUUCCGCAAGCCUCUACUCUAACUCUAAAUUCUCCCCCUCAUCGCCCUCAUCUGUCCGGUCCGGCGUCACGUACAUAGACUAUCGCUCGUCUACGCCCGGGACCGGGACUGGGAAUAUGACCCCGAGGACGUCGACGCCUAGUACGCCUAUGAGCGCGUUUUCGGUCGAUAGCGUUGGGGGGGUGCCGAGGUUUGGGUUCGGGUAUGGGUAUGGUGGGGAGAUGAACGGACCUGGACAUGGGCACGGGAAUUAUGUGAUUGGGAGUUCGCCGUUGCGGCCUAGGUCGAGGUCUGUGUCGCCUACCAAGGAAUCGCGCGGCGCGGAGGUGGAUCAGGAUCAGGACGCUGAUGGGAUGGAAGAGAAGAAGAGUCGGAUGGAGGGACAAGUGAAUGAAGCGGAGGGCCCGCUGGCCGUUCCGUUCCCUACUCUCUCUGCUAUUCACCCGCAUCCAUACCCACAGUCGCAGUCGCGCCCACCGUCCCAGCCACAAGUCCAAGCGCAAUUAAAUCCGUUUUCUCUAGGCCACAAACACAGCCAAAGCUUCGACCCCACCCUCUCAUUCUCGCCGCCUGUAACGUUCCAGAAACCUUCUUCCAUCCGUCGGUUCUCCCCUCCGAGCUCGAGUCCUUUGGCACAGAAAGCGAUCAGUGCGCCUGAGCUUUCUGACCCGCCUGCACCACCAUCCCCAGCGACCCCAAGUCAGAACGACGAAGACGAAGAGGAGGAGGAGGAGGAUGAUGAUGACGAUGACGGGUCAUUGUUCUCGGCGCUGGAGGUUCCUUCGAGCCAAUUAAGGGGGAGAUCAGGAAACCGGGAUUCUGCGGACACGGAUUCGUUAAUCGAUCUCUACGACCAUACGCCCUCUGUGAGCGAUACGGAGCCGGUAACGUCCCAGAUUCAGACUCAGAGCCAGAGCCAGAGUGAGAAGGCUGCGGGGAAGAGGCGAGGAUACGAGGUGGCGGAUGCGAAGGAUAUGGGUGGCCAUGGUGCGGGUGGCGUGGCGAGAGAACAUCAUUAUUCUGGGAGGCCGCUUCCACUUCCGCCUGGUGCGUCGGCGGAUGUUCCGCAGACGCCGUUGGUGGUGGAAUAUUUCAGGGGAAUUAGCGAUGGGAAGGAGCUCGGGAUGGACGACGAGAACGGGGAUGCCAGCCAGGGUGGCGAACCUGAAGAGGAUGAGGUAGAUUUGAUGUCGUUGGAUGGAGAAGAAUUCGUUACCGCGUCUUCGACUCUGAGGGAACAAGCACAGGCGGUUCUGGAGAGAGUGAAGAGCGAAUCUGCGGGACAGGAUGGAGAGAGGUCACCAUUUGACGACGAUGAGGACGACGAUGAGGAUGAUGGUGGAGGAACGAAUUCGACGAUCAUGGCGACGCCGUUGUCGACUUGGAAGCCUCUCAUCCCACCGCCCUCUCCCUCUCCUCCGCGCACACCUUCUCACAACCAAACUCCCAAUUAUGCCAGUCAUGGUUUUGGCAUUCACACGCCUUCUUCUCCCUCUCGACCACCUUUGCCACCGCGCCCUCCAUUGCUCAGCCCACAGCCUUCUGUAUCCACGAUUGGAAGUGGAAGUGGAGCUGAGACGCCUCUUCCGUCAACUCCCGGAGAUCUCGAGGGCGAAGUCGAAGAACUGUUCCAGCUUCAUCAUCCCGCCCACUUUUCUCGCCCUCAGCGACAGGAUCAGUCCCAAUCGUCAUACACAGAAUCUCAGGUGUCUUCUGCGACUGGCACCUCUUCUCCAAUGGUCAAUUCGCCCUCUCUUGGACCUAGAUACGACGUCCAUGCUGCUGGGGCGAAUGCCGUAGGAGGAGCUCAGCCGCAGCGUACUCCACCCUCGCCGAGGCCGUAUAUUGAUUAUACGGAUCUGGACGUUCUAAUUUCGAGGCUCGAGGAAGGGAACAUGAGGGCUGGUGAUAACUACGAUAACCUCCUUCUCGUCGAAGAUAUCAUCGGUCCCGCCAAUAACAGCAACGAGCCUCCCCGUCGGCCUCACAGCCCGCCUAUAGGUCGCAUCGAGCUCAUUCGGCGACGGGUGACGAAGGACGGGCGGGUCAAAUUGAAGUUGGAAUUGUUGGGCGUGCCGGUGGAUAGGUGUACGAUUUGUAUGACGCAGUUUAGAGAUGGGGAGUAUGCGGGGUUGGGUACGGGGUGUAAGCAUGCGUUCCAUGAAACAUGCUUGAGUCGCUGGUUGGCGCGGAACAGGACGUGUCCGGUUUGCAGGCUACCCUUCGCGUGAUUCGUUUCUCUGUCCUUCGACUCUUUAGCGGUGUCCAAGCUGCCAAUUAGCCUCACUCGUCCUCUUCCUCUCCGAGUGUAAUCUUUGUGCUUUUUUUCUUGACUUGUAUUCUGCAGGGCAGAACCGGUCGUGUCUUGUUUCUCUGUGUUCCAAUUCGUAGUAGUAGUCAAUGCCUUCGCUCGUGCUUUUCUUCUUCUCUUGUAUGUCUUGUACGCUUGCUGUUGUACCCCGUCCUUUACGUUGAUACGUCUCUCUGGAACACUCUUGUACAAUGUCUCAUUCUGCCGGCCCUUCUUUCCCUCAUGCAUACGUUGUCCGUGUAUCAUCGCCUGUGUCUGUCGUAGUAUAUUUUCCAUUGUGCUCAUCACUCCACCCUGCAUCUCCUCAUUCGACUCAUGGACAAUCAACUCCCUGUUAUACUUUCUCUCAAUACAACAUCUGGAAUGUACAUAUCUACUGUACACUUGUCUACGACAUACACGCC